AUGAUCCUUAUCGAGCGUCCACGCCAUAACCGCUUGGAUAGGGGAAGCGAUCAUCCUGCCAUGCUGGAAGCUAUGAUCAAGGCGAAACAAGAAAACAAGACCAAUUUUCCAAAUAUCAUCACAUGUCCCUCUGAGCUUGUUGCACUAUCGGCAGCAUUGGGAUAUGCUCAAGUUACCGGGAUUCCACAAUGUGUGAUUGUCCAUGUCGACUGUGGAACGUUGGCUUUGGGCCAGUCCAUACACAAUGCCUCUGUUAGCAGAGUCCCUGUCCUUUGCUUUGCUGGGUUGAGCCCCUUUACUUCAAGGGGUGAGCUGUUGGGUUCACGAACUGAAUUCAUUCAUUGGCUGCAAGAUGUUCCCGAUCAAUCUGCGAUUGUGCGACAGUACUGCAGGUAUACCGGUGAGAUCAAGACCGGGCGCAACAUCAAACAGAUGGUCCGUCGAGCCUUGGAAUUUGCUACUUCCGAUCCAAAGGGCCCGACCUAUCUGAUGGCAGCCAGGGAGGUCCUCGAGGAUCGCGUCGGCCCGGAAAUUAUGGACGGAGAAGUUGUCAGCCCAGUUUCACCAAGCGCAUUACCAGAAGAAGAUGUGGAAUUGAUCGCCAAUGCUCUCAUGGGAGCAAAUCACCCACUUGUGCUCACCACUUCUCUCGGACGAAACCUCAAAGCACCAGCCCUGUUGGCUGAGCUAUGUGAUAAGCUGCCGAUUACUGUCGUGGAGAUGGUUGGCUCUGAUGUUUGUCUUAGAAGUGACCAUGAAGCAUACCGUGGUGUCACUGUCAGUACUCACCCGGAAGUUCUCGAAGCCGAUGUUAUUCUUAUCCUUGACUGUGACGUGCCUUGGAUUCCCACGGCCGGCACGCCUCGACAUGGUAAAUACACUGAGAGAUCUUGGGUUGAAGUCAUUACUGACCGCGUCUUAGGCACAAAGAUCUUCCAUCUAGAUGUUGAUCCGCUGAAACAACAAAUGCCCCUAUUUUCUAUCCCUGCAACUCGGAGAUUCAAGGUUGGUUGUGGUUAUGCGAUACGGCAGAUUAACUCUUUCCUGGACAAACAAGAAAUUUCCAAAAGUCAUUACACAAAAGUCUUUGAUGCGCGAUCGAAGAACUAUCAAUUGUGGAGAACCAAUUUGUCUCAACUAGAGGCACCAACAGAAGAUGGUGUAGUGGGUGUGCCUUAUCUGGCUUCAAGAUUGCGAAGUAUUCUUCCCAAGGAUACUGUUGUUGGCGACGGAGUCUAUCUGUUCUCUCAAAUGGAGAGCGUCUACUGGAUUGCCAGACGCUACGAUAUUCCAUUCCUAAUGGUUGUGCUCAAUAAUGGUGGAUGGAAUGCGCCGAAAGUAUCUGCACUUCUCGUGCACAAGAACGGGUUAUCUUCAAAGUCGAAUAGACGCGACCUCAAUAUCUCCUUUGAUCCCUCGCCCGAUUACCCUGGGAUUGCGACUGCAGCCGGAAAUGCCUGGGGUGCCUCAGUCACCACGCAAGGUGAACUCGACUCCACUAUCCAGGAAGCAACAGCGAUUGUUCAGGGUGGAAAAUGUGCAGUCAUUGAAGUCUCGUAA